GUGCGACGGAGGAACCGCAUCUCUUGUCUGGACUGACUGGUGUCGACAACAACGCAAACAUCAUGGAUAUGCGCUCCUCCCUCAGCAAUCCUUCAGAAGUGCACGCCAGCCCCACUGUCCCUCUGAAUACGCUACACCCAACUGAGCCGUUUUCAGCCUUAGGACAGCCCAGUUGCGCUCGACGCAACUGGAGCUCUUCACAUAACCCUCUGCCUAGGCGCAUCCGUUUGCCAUUCUUCACCUGCCUUUGUUGCCGUCUCGUGCUACGUUCCGGGCAGAUUUCAACUCACAAGUGUUUUGUUGACGUAAGCAGGCCUAUGCCCCACCAGCCAGGUCGUUUAUUAAUUUGUGUCGCUUUGCCUUAA